AUGGCCGCCAUCAACGAUCCCACCAUCGCCCUAGGCCCCGACUUCAAGAAGCUCUCCGGGCCCGAGAACUUCACCGACUGGUUCCAGCGUUUCAAAGACAUCGCGAACAUCUACGGCUACAGAGAGCACUUUAAGGGAAGAGCUGAGGUAGUCGCAAAGCCAGUGGCGCCCGCCUUUUCCGCACUCCAACAAGAUGAUGAUGAUGUGGUACAAGAGACUCCUCUAGUGGACUGGCAGUACCAGCUCGCCGUCUACCAAUUCCAGCUACAGAAAUGGAAAGACUAUGAUCACGCCUCUCGCUCAGCUUUAGCCCUCCUACACGCGGCUGUUGAACCCCAGUGA